CUUUACUAAAUUUGUGUUAAAUUUGUACUAAAUUACUAAUCUGGUUAAUUUUUGAAAGAAUGAAAGGCAAAAAUGGGAUUACAAGGAACGACUAGAAUCCUAUAUUAAUUAAUAAUUCAUUAAUAAUGAAGAAAGCUGGCUUUGUGAUCGAUAUCAAGUCGAGAUUGCCUGUGUAAUUGUGUAUUUUCCGUGUGGCACAGUACAAUUGUAGUCUAGAAAAUCGUGUCGAUUUUUUUUCAACCCAAGAGACCGCGUUGAUAUUAUACUUUCGAAAUGUUUUUUUUUUGAUUUUUUAUUUUUUCCACUCCAUAUCAACUAAUUUUGUCCGUAGAUCUUUACCAUUUUCCGGAUUUUCAUAUUCGAUCAAACAAAAAAAUAUAUAAUAUAUAUAAAAUGUUUUGUAAUAUAGAACAAUUUAAACAUAUUUUUGAAACUUUGUUAUUUCAGGCUGAUGAAGACAGUGGUGUUGUCUUGUUCGAUUGUUCUGUAAGAUUAUAUUGUUAUGCUGACAUCGAUUCAAUGUGCGCUGCCGAAAUAUUGAAGAAAUUAUUUUUUCGAGAACAUGUUAUUUGGACCCUAAAACCAAUAAGAUCAUACGAUGAUCUUGAUAGAAGCGAUUUGAGGCCAAGUCAAAACAUGAAAUCGCUACGAGCUAUAAUUUUAUUGAAUUUUGGAUCAAACUUGGAGCUCGCUAGAGAGUUUGAUCUAACGGAAAAUCCGCACGUAAAUAUUUAUGUAAUUGAUAGUCUUCACCCAGUAAAUUUAACAAAUCUUUAUGAUAGAAAUUCUCAUAUAUUUAUUGUUUAUGAUGAAGAAUCAGAGGAAUAUCAGGAAUAUAUAGAGAAGGCUUUAAGAAAAGAAAGUGAAGAAGAAUUACAAAUUAACACUGUUUUUACAGAUGAUUUCGGACGUCCAAUAACGUUGGAUGAGGUAUAUUAUGAUGGUUAAGUUUUUGUACUUGAAUCGUUAAAAUUGUUAC